UAAAAAUCGACCUUGAAUGAUUCAUGGGGGGUAAAACUUUCACCGACUGUUGGAUUCGAUAGCUCACAUUGUCCCGGUUGACGUUCCCACCAGACGAACGCCAGCUUUCAACCUGUUCUAACUUCAGAAUUUUGGACGCCAUGAGCAACUUUUCAAUCGUACUGAUACUAUGGCUAUCUGCAGCGUAUGGAGCUGACUCGUUCGCCAUCCGUUCCAAACGGGCUGAAGAAUCCUCGUCAAAUGCUACUACAAGACAGUUUGGAGCGUACGGUUUCUCGGCUCCAUACUCACCGCCAUACGGUGGAUUCCAACCUGGCGGUUAUGAUUCUUAUCAACCGUACCCGUCUUACGGUGGACAUCAACCAACGUUUUCAGCCUUAGGGCCUUAUCAAGGUGGGCCGUCACCUCUGUAUCAACAACAAGGAUAUGGCGUCGGGAGUUAUCCAGGAGCCAGUCCCUACGGACAAUAUCCGUCCAACGGAAUAUACGGCGGCUCUGCUCAGAGUUCUUACUACCCAUCUAAUCCAACACAUUCCUCUUUCCCGACCAAUUCUUUUAAUCCAUCUUACGGAACUUAUCCCCCUAAUAACGCGUACGCUAACUACAAUCCACCGAUUCAAGGUGGAUCCUACAAUCCAUCAAUUCAAGGUGGAUCCUACAAUCCAUCAAUUCAAGGUGGAUCCUACAACCCACCAAUUCAAGGUGGAUCCUACAAUCCACCAAUUCAAGGUGGAUCAUACAAUCAACCAAUUCAAGGUGGAUCCUACAAUCCUACGAUUUCCGCCAUAACGGCUCAGAGUCCUUACCGUCCGUCCAGUCUUAUUCCUGACCCGUUUGGCUCGGUGGCUCCCGUCAUUGGGAAUCCUUCGUACAGUCCAGUUUCCAGCGGAGGAUCGUCUUAUAAUCCCAGUACAGGAUCUUCCUUUAAUCCUAGUGCAGGAUCGUCCUUUAAUCCCAGCCCGGUAGCAGCUCAGCAAAGUCCCUACAAACCAAUCACGAUAAUUGAAAGUCCAUCGUACAACCCUAGUUAUCAGGGAUCUAGUUCGUACAAACCUAGCAGCUCUGUGGGGUCUCAGGAAGGUUAUGAUUCCGUCGUUGUCAAUGCCCAAGGAUACGACCAGUCAUCAUCCUACAAACCGUCUUCGGGCAGUUACAAACCUCCGGUGUAUUCUUCGACAUAUAACAAACCACAGACUUCAAAUUAUCAGCCGUCAUCGAGUUAUUCCGGUCAAAACUCGUAUCGCCCAAUUACUGUCCAAGGCUCGAUUCAAGAAAUUCCAAACAGUCCUACCUACUAUCCAUCCAGUUCACAAAACAAGCCUAGUUUUUAUUCGGCAUCUUCGGAUAAGGUGUCGUUUCCGCAGGAUUAGUACAUGAUAUUUAACAAAAAUACGUCAAAAUUAUUUAAUUUGUACAAUUAAAUAUUUCUUUAACCUAUGUAAUUAUGUGAUGUUCGAUUCCAAUAUUAACUCGUAUUAACUGUACUGUAUUUGUGCCUCCUUUGUUACCCUAUAGCUGUCUUUUUAGGAGUCAUCUCUUUAAUUCCAAAAUGAAGCAAUAAUAUAAAAGACAUUAAUGAUA